AGGAAGAGGAGUCUUCCGUCUUUUCUUUCGCCUGUGGACAGAGUCGCAGCAUUUGCAGAGUGUGAAGGGAAGACAGCAUUAAAAAAAGGAGUAAUCAUGCCGAUGUUUGUGGUGAACACCAACGUGGCCAAAAGCGAUGUGACAGCGGCUCUGCUGUCCGAGGCCACUGAGGAGCUGGCCAAAGCCAUGGGCAAACCUGCACAGUACAUUGCUGUGCAUGUCAACCCUGACCAAAUGAUGUUGUUUGGAGGAAAGGGAGACCCCUGCGCCCUCUGCUCCCUCACCAGUAUUGGCAAGAUCAGCGGUGCUCACAACAAGCAAUACUCUAAACUCCUGUGUGGACUGCUCAACAAACACCUGGGCAUCUCUCCUGACAGAAUUUAUAUUAACUUUGUAGACAUGGAUGCAGCCAAUGUGACCUGGAACAACAGUACCUUUGGCUGAGAUGGAGGUCAACACACUGAAAUAGGUCAUUCCAGUAUUUUCCUAUAUAGUACGAACAAUGUUAAAACGAACAAAAUGACAAAGCAAAGACACCUGGUAAUCCACUGGCCAAUAUACUGUAUGAAUAUCUUAAAAGCACUUAGCUGGACCCUUUAGCUUUGCACAGAUUUUCUUUUUUUCCUUUUCUUUUCCAAUUAAAUGCAAUAAAACAAACCUUGCAGACAAUA